UUUUCCCGAGCUAGCGCUGUGAGAUGUUUACCUGAAAGAACCCUCCCCUUUAUGAUUCUCUGUCCACUGAUAAGAGCAAACACAGUGACAAGAGCGAGCACAAUCUUGGCUCACGUGUUUCUGGAUGGAAAGUUUUCAUAAGAAAGUCAGGGAACAUUGAAAGCAAGAGAUUUUUCAUGGAGAUCUCCAAAAAAGAGGCCAUGGUGGUGAAAGGGAAUUGAAAGCCUCCUAAAUGAUUUUUGGUUUUUAUGGUCUCUUGUGUAAAGAAGGAAAGAAUUUAAAGUCAUCUGUCCUGUUUGUUUUGGAAUUACGUUGCCAUGAAGAUCUCUGAAGGAGCGCUGGACUUGGACACCACUGAUUAUGGGGUGGCUCUGGAUCCCAGCUACACCAUGCUGGAGUUUGACAGCCUCAAAGUUCUGCCAGUGGACACAGAGCCUUUGAGGCCGGAGCCGUCCCCCGUAGCCACAGCCAGGCUGCCCCAAGCCAUGGCCAUGCUGUGCUCCAUCUGCGCAGAUAAAGCCACCGGGAAACACUACGGAGCAUCCAGCUGCGACGGCUGCAAGGGCUUCUUCAGGAGGAGCGUACGCAAGAACCAUGCCUACACAUGCAGGUUCAGCCGGCAGUGUGUGGUGGACAAAGACAAGAGGAAUCAGUGUCGGUACUGCAGACUACGGAAGUGCUUCAGGGCCGGCAUGAGGAAAGAAGCUGUACAGAACGAGCGAGACAGGAUCAGCUGCCGGAGGGAAGCUCAGGGAGUCGGGACUCUGACCAUCAGCAUCCUGUUGAAGGCUGAAGAGAGCACACAUCAGUUCUCCGCUCUGACUCCGCCCAUUAGGGAAAUUAUCACCAAGAAGAUCGCUCGACCGGCUGACGUUUGCGAAUCCAUAAAGCAGCAGCUCCUCCUCCUGGUGGAAUGGGCCAAACGCAUCCCUGAGUUCUGCGAGCUGUCUGUGGACGACAGGGUCAGCUUAUUGCGAGCUCAUUCUGCUGAGCACCUCAUCCUGGGCGUGGCUCGCCGCUCGCUUUUAUACAACGAUGUCAUCCUGCUAGGAAAUGACUUCAUCAUCCCCAUUAACGGUCCAGAGCUGGAGAUGUCCAAAGUGGCUGCACGUGUCCUAGAAGAGCUGGUCAGGCCUCUCAGAGAGCUGGACAUAACUGAUACAGAGUUCGCCUGCCUCAGAGCCAUCGUCUUCUUCGCUCCGGAUUGCCCGGGGCUGGAGAGCGCUCAGAUGGUGCGCAGGCUGCGUUUCCAGGCCCACGUGUUACUGGAUGAGGCAACGUGCGAGCAGCGCGGUCGGUUCGGGGAACUGCUGCUGUUGCUGCCUCCGCUGCAGAGCACCGCCUGGCACAUGGUGGAGCAGCUCCAGCUCGCUCGGCUCUUAGGAGAAGCCAGCAUGGACAGCCUGCUGCAAGAGAUGCUGCUCGGAGAAUCAGCCCCAGGCUCAAACCCAGAAGUGCUCGGGUUCAGUCCUCCUGUAGACCCGGUUCUCCCACGGAACCUACACCCAGAACACGUAGUACUGCCAAACUUCACCUCCGUCAUCCUCCCCGUACCGUCCUCUCUAGCUGGAGUUCCUCUACUCGCUGUCCAGCCUGGCGCUCAGCUCUACACACACACACCUUCUGUAGAAAUGCCACUGGAGAUAGACAGCUGUCUCACCAAGCCUGCAGUCCACACAUGUCUCUGAGCACACACACACACACACACACACACACACACACACACACACACACACACUAAUGUCUAUGUGUAUUGUAAUGCAUCUUACUGCUCAAUGGUCCCUCUUAUACCAAGACGAUGAAAACUCAUGUCUAACUAGUUGGUGUUCAGGAGCACAACAUAACAAAAAUAUCAGCACUUGUAGAUGAAUAUUUUUGAUCACUUAUCAGUCUGAUAGAGAAUUAAUCAUUUGAAUUAAGGAAAUGUAAAAAGAUUUUGUAAAAACAAAAGAUUAAAGAUUAAAUAAAUUA